AUGAAUUCAAGCACAGCAACAUCCUCAUCAACUUCAGUGAGUAUCGAAUGUGCAGUGUGUUGUGUUGGGAAUUUAUGCACUCCCGAAGAGCUAUGUGAACAUAUGCAAAAUUAUCAUGGCAUGAAUAAAGCUGUCAUCGAGACUAUCACCUUUAGUGACAAAGUGCAAUUUCAGAAAUGGCUAGAAAGUGUUGAAGAUUCUCGAGUGGAGUGUAGUGGAUAUGUUGCUCAAGAUAAACGCAAAGAUACAGAUGUAAAUCCGCAAGAGGAGUAUUAUUUAUUAUGCCGAAAACGAUCACCAACAUUAAAACGUCGACGAAUUACGUCUGAAUCAACGAAUUAUUUUCUUCACACCAAUUUGACGAUUUGUUGUACAGCAUUUGUUCAUGUUAUUGAAAAAUCUGAUGGGACAACAUCGGUACAAUUUUGUUUGGAGCACUGUGGACAUUGUGCCAAGGAUUCAAUGCCAUCGAAUUAUCGUUCGAUGAUUAUGAGUAGCAAUUUAUCACCGUUAUCUUCAAAACGAUCAUUAAAACGUUUCAUUGAUUCUAUUGAAAGUGAAGAUGAAGACUGUAAUAAUGAAGAAGAAAUGAAUGUGGACUGUAUUGUGCAUGACCAAACAAACAUUGGCCAUGAGGAUCCUCAUGCGAAAGAUGGUACAAAUGUAGAUUUAUCAUUAACUUCAAGACGACUUGAAUAUACAAUCGAUCAAACGAAAAAUGUUAUAACUAUACUUUGUGAUCUUAUAAACCAUUUUAAAACAGAUAAUGCGAAUUCUAUUAUAUUUUGA